ACGCGGCAACUUAGUCAUUCCGUUGCGAACCGGCGCGCCGCACAACGGUUUGUACAACGCACAACACCUCUAUACAACAGCAGCUCCGAGAUUUUUCGUGCGAAAAGCCCCCAGUGUCUGUGAAUACAUGUGCUUCCUCUUUUGUUUUUUAACGGUGAAAUAGAAGAGGCAAGGAAUAGUCAUGGCUGCCAUCAGGGCUACUUAUCUGCUGGCGCUGAUGCUGCUGGUGGGCACUCAGCUGGCGACAAGCAAAGGCAAAUCGGUGGACGAAAAUUUCAAGGAUGACCAGCUUAGCGAGGCGCGAACUCUCGUCUUGAGAAAGCGCGACACUAACGAGGAGAGCAAAGACGAAGAAGCUGCGACGACGACGAUUGAGCCGACCACUACUAGUCCGGACGAGGAAGAGGACGAAGACGAGGUCAAAGAGACCACGCCGGCUCCAGUAGUAACGACGAGCGCGAAGCCGAAGAAAACGCGAAAGCGUCAGAGGCCGUCGACUACCGCGGCCCCGACGACGCCGUCGCCAGACUACGAAUACGAGGAGGAGGAGGAAGAGGACGAGACUCCCACGGUGAAACCGCUGGUCAGCGAGAAGGAGAAGCCGAAGAGCACGAAAAAGCCCAAACCCGGCGCUCCCCAGCUGUUCAACCGUAUAAAGCCCGAGGAAGAGGAGAAGCCGACGGACAAGCCAGCGGCCGGCGGUUUGCCAGCCUCGAAUCUUCUUCCACCGAUGCCUUUCAACAACAUUCCCCCCGCCUACCUCUACCCGCCGAAUCCAGCUUUCGCUGCACCCUGGGGCUUCAAUCCUCUGCCCGCUUCACCCUCCGGUCCCUACGACUAUCCUUACCCGUCUGGGCCAGCUUUCAGCGACUCCAACGUUGGCACCAGUAACGCCUUCGCCGGGGGUUUCGCUAGCGCGAGCGCCAGUGCCAGCGCCGGAGGCUCGGGAGGAACCGUCUCCACCUCGACCUUCCCCGGAUCAGAUGAGAUGAGCAGCGUCUCCAACUCUGGCUUCCCCGGUUCGAGCGGUGGCGUCUCCAGCUCUGGAUUCCCCGGCUCGAGCAGCAGCAGCGUCUCCGGCUCCGGCAACAACGGAGUAACCUUCUCCACCUCAGCCUUCCCCGGUGGAUCUGGUGCAUCGAUAUCGGCCUCGUCGUCCUCCUUCCCCAGUAGAUCCGGAGGCGCACCGGCUUUCCCCAACAGAUCGGUAUCGGCCUCGUCGUCGUUCCCCAGCAGAUCUGGUGGUGGAGCACCUCAGUACACCAGCGAGAAGGUUCCCGGUGGAAAGAUCGAGAAGGUCGUGUCGGACUCGUUCAUUGGCGUGAGAGGCUCUUUCGGCCCCGAUGACGACGAAUCGGUCGCCAUAGAAGUCGAUGGUCCCGCUGGUGGUGCACCUGGUGCAGGUUUCCCAGCUUACACCAAUGCCGGACCCAACUACGGCUCAAUUUCCGGUCCUGGAUACUCGGCGAGUGCCUCGUUCGGAAACACCCCGUACGCGAACCCUUACUUCAACACCAUCCCUACCUACAACGCUUACAACCCCGUGGACUUCCAGAACCUUUUCCAGCAGUACUUCGCUAACCUUCAGGCCCAACAACAGGCUUUCCAGCAGCAGCUUCAGGCCCAGAUCCAGGCUCAACAACAAGCCGGUGGUACUUUUGCCUCUGGCGGUGCCUUUAUAACCAACGAUCGAGGAAUGGUCGAUCCUAAUGCUCAAGUUUACGUGAACACAUACAGUUCGCCGAAUUCCGCGUCUUCUGCUACUUCAGUCAACUCUCGUUCUGGUUUUGGUGGCGCUAAAAGCACAGUUUAUGCUUCUCCCUUCACAAGCAAUGAUAAUAAUAAUAGAAUUUGGGACCAGAGCAAUCGCGUUGACAGUUAUUUUGGUAUUCCUAGCGGCAUUCCCGUUUCCGGAGGUUCCAUCUCCACAGGACCACAAUCGGCUUCUGCCAGUGCCAGUCUUGGACCAAAUGGAGGAUUCCAAGCAGCUCAAAUCAACCCGGCCGCACCCGGAAUCUUCUCUCGCUUCGGCGACAGCAUUCCUCCUCCGUCAGGCAACAGCUACGGCGUCUUCAGCAGCUCGAGCUCGAGUUCAGCGGUCGGCCCAGACGGCAAGCAAACCUCGCGCAAGUCGGCCACCAUCGGUGUCAACGACAACGGCAAGGUCACCUACAAGACCGUCCACGAUCCUUGAGUACCCAAUGCCCGUUGCGUACGCGCGUAAUCUCACGUUAUAUACUCCUCAAUAUAAUUAUAAUGCCAAGUAGACGACGAUGAGUUUUUGCGCUCUCGAUCGACGGGAGCGCGUUACAUACGCUUAUAUAUUUUACAUUAUGAUUUGUAUUUAUCGAUUAUUGUGAGAGACAUACAUUCCUUCUUUUUUUUAUUACUAUUGUACACGAUGCGAGAUUCGCGGAUUUUUUAUUUUGACAUCCGAGUGGACUUUUUUUAACGUUCAUUGGUUCUGAUUUUACUGAUGAUCCUGGGGCGAGCGUCUAACUACGUGUAGAUUCGGGAAGAACCUCAUUGCCAGGUCGUCGACUGAUGACUUUAUCGCCACCAACUGUUAGGACAAAAAAAUUCGUUCCUUAGUAACUGGGAUCUUUUCAAUUUUUCUAAAUUUGCGAACAUACAAAUGUCAUUCUACGCAAGAAUGCAGUUCUCUCCUGGUUUGUUACGCAAUAGAGAUUUUAUGCCAGUCCAUUGUAAAGUAACUAAAUUACCGAGCAGUUUCCUCGUAAAUAAUUUACUUUUCAAAUGUUAGAGACGAUAAAGCUAUUUUAGAGUCAUUAAGAAGAAUCAGUAUUUGACUUUGCAAUGUCAAGCGAUUGAAAGAUAUAUCGUGCGUCAUAAUAAUAGUAGGUAAAUCAAUCAAAAAGGAUCCCCGAAUGAACUUUUAACGUUAUUUUUCUCAAAUUAAAAAGCAAUAAAUUUUAUACGAAUAAAAAUUGCCGUUGCCACGUGUACAACGCUAUUUUUUUUUUAUUUCUACGCAUAAUUCAGUUUCGUAUAAUAAACGUGCAAUACAAUACACGAAAUAACUUUCCGAGCAACGAAUGACGUUCAUUACGACGAUGAUAAAAAGUAUAUACUCUUAAGUAAUUUUGUACAGACGGCGCGUAAAAUAUCCUAUUUAGCUGUUAGGAAAAUACGAUAUUGAAUGUGAUUUAACUUUCCAGAAAUUGACUAAUUUCUCUAAGGUUAUUUUACUCGACCGAUGAAAUUAUCAAAAUAAAAAUAUUUCUACAAUCAUAAAUUAA